AUGGCCACGGAGGAGCGAGAGAUGAUGGGAACCAGGGGUGCUGGGGAGAGCUGCCCCGCCUUCACCAAGAUGCUGCCUGAGGACCUCAAGUCGGAAGGGAGGCCAAGGUUGCCUCUGGAGGCCGAGUCCUGCGACCACCAGGAGGAGAUGGAUGCCAGCGAGGACGGGAUCUGCCCAGAGCCCCCCAAGGCGCUGCCUCCCAAGGCCGACCCCACCACCAAGGGCCAGGCGGGCGACGGACCGGAGCCAGCCGAGUCACCCCCUUGCACCGCGGGGCUCCCUGAGAUGGAGCUGGAAAAGGUGCGCAUGGAGUUCGAGCUGACCCGCCUGCGCUAUGUGCAUGAGGAAAACGAGCGGCAGCGGCAGCACGAGGAGGUGAUGGAGCAGCUGCAGCAGCAGGCACCACCCCGCCUGUUCUCAGGAGGCCUUCAGGACCUCCUGCUGCCCCAGAACCAGUUUGCCAUGUUCCUGUACUGCUUUAUCUUCAUCCACAUAAUCUACGUCACCAAGGAGAUGAUCUUCUUUCUCUUCUCCAAGCACUACCUGUUCUGCAUUGCCGCCAUAUUGCUCUGUCUGAUUAAAACACUCUGGUCCUAUUUCCAAGUGCUUUACUUGCCCACUGCCAGGGAGCCCCAGAGCUGCAGGAUUCUGCAAAAUGUUCAGGGCAAAGACACAGGUCCAAUGAGCCCAGCAUGGGCCCAGCAGAAUCCGAUGGGCCGAGAGACCUUGGCACUGGAGCAGAGCUUGCCAGGGUAA